AUGCCCACCGACUCGACGGCAUCAACCAUGUCGUACGAGGACUCGCUCUCGUCGCAAUACUUGGCCUCGUCCAUCUCGUCGCUCUCGUCGGCCCGCGCCCAGUCGUCGCAAAUAGCCAGAACCUACCGCCAGGCUGCCCAACUGUUCCUGACCCGCAGGCUGUAUGAAGCCUUGUCCACCAUUGAUCCCAUCAUCUCGCCCGAAGCUCUAGACACGCCGCUCCCACAAGAUGACCAAACCGACCACAACGCUGCACCUAUCGCAUUCGCGUCCAAAACCAGUCGCGUCAAGGUGUGGAGCUUCUACCUGACCUUGCUCAACGCCAUCAUAGAUCUGGGGCCUGAGGAAGGCAAGCUGGUCUUUGGAAGCACCAAAUGGCGGGAACUGGCCUCGUACGCUCGUCAAGGCACCAUCUGGGACCUCGUCGUCAAGCAGGGUUAUCAAGGGAACGAGGGUGCCGUGGAUGCUGAGGUUGUCGUCAAUCUUUUUGACAUUGCUGCCCAUCUCGAAGCCUCCCAGCAAUCCACGCGCAACUCAUCUCACCACAACGGAACAAGUACCCCACGCGAUCUGAAUACUCGUCUCAAGCUGCUCGAGCUUUACACUCUCCACGUUCUGCCCCAAAACGACGAGUGGGACUAUGCCCGUGAUUUCAUCAGUAUGAGUGAGGUUUUGGACGACGAAAGAAGGGAUGCUUUCCUUCAAGCACUUCAUACAUUGAAAGAGGAGAAGGCACUUGACGGGAUUCGGGAGAAGGAGCUCCAGCGCCGUCAAGAUGAAGAGGUGCAACAAAGGCGUAUCGAGGACGACAGACGUCGAAAGGAAGAAGCCAGAGCAGAACAGGAGAGGAGAAGACGAGAAGCUGAAGAGAGGCCUCGUACAACUGGUUCGCAAAACAGAGCGUCCUCUGCCUCUAGCAACAACAACAACUCUAGAGCAGGCCAGACCAACCGAAACCCGCCUGCGUCGAAAGCGAAACCUUCCCAGAAGAAAGCCACGCCUCCCUCACCUCGCGUCUAUCGCUCGAUAUUUGCGACUAUGCAGGCCGCCGUCCUGAAUGCUGGGAAAUCUGUCAGCCAGAAUCCAAUGGUUAUGCUCCGGUUUGUACUUUUCCUGAUGGCUUUCACUUUGGCAUUCGCACGGCGGGACGUCAGGGACAGAGUCAAACGGAGCCUCCAGGGCGGGUUGCAUAAAGUACAGAGGACGAUAGGCAUGGGUGUAAAAGUCUCCUACAUCUGA